AUGGCUCCAAGAAUCACAUACAUCCGUAAACACUCGUACAACACAAGAUCGAACAGAAUUCACAUCGUGAAAACAGCUGGGAGCAAGAUGACCGUUCAGCACGUCAUGAAGAGAGCGUCUGGUCCACACUGCAGCGAAUGUGGCGCCGAGCUCCAAGGGAUUGAUCACGUCAGAUCUCACAUGUACAGAUGGAUGCCACAUUUCAAGAGAUCCGUUACAAGAGCUUAUGGUGGAAACAAAUGCGCUAAGUGCGUUCAAAAAGCCAUUUUGAGAUCUUUCCUUAUCUCAGAACACAACCUCUUCAAGGCCGCUGCUCUUAAGGAUAUGAAGGAAAAAGCUUUGAAAGCAAAGGAAGACAAGAAGAAAUCUUCAAAGGUUGCCAAAAAGAAUUAA